AAGAAAACAUAAAGUGUAAAACAAAUCGAAACUAACAGUUGUUUAUUCGUGCUGCUCCAUUAUCUAUGAGAUUAACGUUAUUCCGAAGAAUGUCCUUCGUAGAUCUUGCAUCACUCAGAAUCAAGUACAAAUCGGAGAAGGAGAUCUUUCUAGAAUCCAGCAUUGAACGAAAGGAACCGAUAAGCCUAUUUCGCAAGUGGAUGCAAGAUGCCUGCGAAACUCCAGAGAUCAUCGAACCGAACGCUAUGUGCUUGGCAACAGCAACAAAGGAUGCUGUCCCAUCGGCACGCUUCGUACUGUUGAAAGAUGUUACCGAUGAGGGAUUUACCUUCUUCACCAACUAUGAAAGCCGCAAAGCGGACGAGCUGGCAGAAAACCCGCACGUUGCGCUCGCGUUCUACUGGCUACCGUUGAGACGCUCGGUCCGGAUCGAAGGCAAGGCGGAGCGCAUAUCACGCGAAGCAUCGGAAACAUACUUUCACCAGCGUCCACGGGCAAGCCAAAUCGGUGCGCUGGCAAGCCCACAGAGCAAACCGAUACCGAGCCGAGAGUUUCUAGAUCAAAAGGAAAGAGGCAUUAAGGAGGAGCUCGGACCGGACGGUGUUGUGCCAUUGCCCAACUGGGGUGGGUAUCUCGUUCGUCCGAAGUCGAUCGAAUUUUGGCAAGGACAAACCAACCGUCUACACGAUCGCAUCCGAUUCCGCAAAGAGCUCGGCGCAAAUGAAGCGGUCGAUGGUAUAUUGCUUCAUGCAGGAGAGGAAGGAUGGGUGUAUGAGCGAUUAGCACCAUAAACUAAU